AUGGAAGAGGCUCAGACCAAUGACUCUUUUCAACUUGAACUUGAAGAUUUCAUUAGAAAGCAGAAAGCCAGAGGAUUACAUCCAAAUGUCUGCUUCAGAAAGAUGGCAGUGGACUCCGUUCACCAGAAGGGAGACAGUGUCAGUCUUGGAGCUCCAAUGCAGGCGCUACCAUUCUGGCUCAGAAACUACUCCAGACCUCCUUCCUAUAAAAGGCUGACAGUGGAAAACCAGGUACCUUACUGCAGACAAAGACUGGAAUCUCUAAAACACAGUCUGAAAAACCAGCCAGUCAGUCAAGACAGAAAGGAGAGGACAUGGCUCCAGGAGGAAGGAGGAGCCACCACUCGGGAGCCAGGGAUACCCAAGGGGAAGCUUGACAGAGUGAGGGGUUCACGCACAGAAGACAGCCUCAGCAGAAGGAAGGUCUCAGCAGAGCCAGUGGGAACACAGAAGUCUAAGAACAGAAAGGAGAACCACCAUACUGGGAGAGACUCCACCAAAGGCAGGCGCCGCUCCCACCAGAAGAAGAAGGGGCCGGAGGAGAGGGAUUUGUGGGAUGAAGCCAUCUUGGGCAGUCGCUACUGA